AUGUCAGUUUUAGAAAAAAACCUUCAAAAACGUAAAAGAGAAGCUCGAAAGGAAGGCGACAAUGAGCUCCUGGUUGCAACGUGUACAAAUCUCUCAGACGUUUACAUGGAAAGUGGACGAUUUCAGCUGGCCAUUAAAGAAUAUAAAGUGCUUGCAAGGCUUUACAAAGCCAAACACAAAUAUAUUGACUAUGCCGGUGCUAACCGAGCGAUCGGUGAGGCACAUUUAGAAUUAAAAAAAUUUAAAACUGCUUUAGCGUAUCACAAAAGAUAUCUCGAUACAGUAAAGUCUGAAAACCAUAAUGUAGAGAUCCAGAGGGCAUACGCUAGUAUUGGUCACGUUUAUUUAACUGAAUAUUUGGAGACUCAAUCUGAUGCUGAACAAAAUUUAAAUGAAGCUUACAGCUAUUUCGAGAGAAGUAUGAGAGUCUGUGAAAGUUUCAGUUUAGUAAACAAAUUAGAAAAGGCUGAUAUGCAAGCAAGAUUAUUUUCAAACCUCGGACUAGUCAAAGAGCUUUUAGGGGAUUUUACGAAGGCAAUUGAGUUCUAUAUAAAAUCUAAAAACAUCUGCAAGGAAAAUCAUAUUUAUGAACAACUAAUUAGCAAUUAUAUGUCAUUAGCUGCUUUGUAUGAGAAGAAAAAAGAAAUGGAUAAAACUAUCCAUUAUUAUAAUUUGGCCGUUGAAGCUAUAAAAAACCCGAAAGGCGUGAACAUAACAUUGGCGUGUACAGCAUUGCAGGCUAAAGCCGAAGUGCUAAUAAAAUUAAACGAUUUCCAUGCAGCUAAAAAACUUAUUUUCAGGGCCCACAAACUUAGAACUAGUGAAGAUAUAAUAAGGAAUUUGAGAAUAGUUGCAACUAUAUGUGAUAAACAAACCAAAAUUUUGAAGAACGACAGCAGAAAGAUGGGAAAGAGGAGAAAUAACAACAACUUAAACGAACGAGCAAUGAUCCAAAGCUUAGUAAUCAUUUCUAAAUUUUAA